CAUUGAACGCACUCUCAGCGGAAGCGGCGCUUUUUCUCGGCACUCGCGCCGCUUCAACCACCGCUGUCAAUUUCAGUUCAACCUGGUGCUGUCAAAGUCCUUUUCCGUUUCCUCUUUCAUGAAACGCAGUCAAAAUGAAAGCUAAAGGAGUGCUGAAGGAAUACCAGGUCAUCGGGCGUAAGCUGCCCUCGGAGAAGGAUCCGAACCCUCCGCUGUUCAAGAUGCACAUCUUCGCACCGGACCAGAUCGUGGCCAAGUCCCGCUUCUGGUACUUCCUGCGGCAGCUGCGUAAGUUCAAGAAGGCCACCGGAGAGAUCGUUUCGGUCAAGCGCAUCCUGGAGAAGACUCCGCUGCGCGUCAAGAACUUUGGCAUCUGGCUGCGCUACGACUCGCGCUCCGGUACGCACAACAUGUACCGCGAGUACCGUGAUCUGACCGUUGGCGGUGCCGUCACUCAGUGCUACAGCGACAUGGCCUCGCGUCACCGUGCCCGUGCCCACUCCAUCCAGAUCAUCAAGGUCGAAUCGGUGGAAGCCUCCAAGACCCGUCGUGCUCACAUCAAGCAGUUCCACGACUCGAAGAUCCGCUUCCCGCUGGUGCAAAGAUACCAUCACAAGCGCUACCGGAAGCUGUUCUCUUUCCGCCGACCGGACACCUACUAUCAGUAAAGAAUUCGGAGCCGCCGUUCAUUGUACUGUUAAUUCCACUCUUUUUAGGGAGUAAAAAAAUGAUGAAGAUCCGUAAGAAAUACUGUACCUAA